AUGAAUAUCUUUGACUUUGCAGAUACGCAAACAACAUUGUUGCAGCGUAAUGUUGAAAGAAAAUAUCAUAAUAGGACAAGGAGUAACAAUGACAUGGGGAUUGGUCAGAUAUACAUGGAACCUCUCUUUGCACAAGCCAUCAAUAUUCCACAGACGCCGAUUUGCAAAGUAUAUAUGGAAAAAGCAUGGCGAGGUUUUACAGCACAGGUGCGAAUUCAUUAUCGAGCUGAUACUUUGAAAUAUCCAAGAAUGAUACAUUUCAAUAUGCCGAGAGAUUUGUUGUUGAUAAUGGAGUCGCAAAGAGCAGCUGAAUUCAAAAAUAUGUAUAUACGAACAUAA